GAAAGGAUGGCCAAACAGUAAAUAUUAUAUGCCUCACUAUAGAGAUAAGGACUGGUUUAGAUUUGGCGAUUCCCGAAUAGUUAAAUAAGGCAAGUGCAUUGGCUGUUUCUUUACAAAUUACAGGGAGAAAGUCUCAAGUUGGUGUCAAGAGCAGAACAGGGAGGAGAGAGCAGAGUUAAAGAAAAUGGGUGAAGUUCCAAGAGCGAAACUGGGAAGUCAAGGAUUUGAGGUGUCAAAGUUGGGAUUUGGUUGCAUGGGCCUCACUGGAAUAUACAAUGACCCAGUCCCAGAACAGGUUGGCAUUUCAAUCAUCAAGCACGCAUUUGAUCAAGUAAUCACUUUCUUUGAUACAUCAGACGCCUAUGGACCCCAUACUAAUGAGCUUUUGGUUGGAAAGGCUUUGAAGCACCUACCUAGAGAAAGGAUCCAGUUGGCCACAAAAUUUGGUAUUGUCAGAUUCGAUAAUAGUAAAGUCAUAAUAUGUGGUACUCCUGAAGCUGUACGCUCCUGUUGUGAAGCUAGUCUGAAACGCCUUGAUGUUGAAUACAUUGAUCUCUAUUAUCAGCACCGGGUUGAUACAUCGGUACCUAUUGAGGAUACUAUGGGUGAACUUAAGAAGUUGGUGGAAGAGGGGAAAAUAAAGUACAUUGGCUUAUCUGAAGCUAGUCCUUAUACUAUAAGAAGGGCACAUGGAGUUCAUCCCAUUACUGCUGUACAAAUUGAGUGGUCACUCUGGACUCGUGACAUUGAGGAAGAAAUUGUCCCACUUUGCAGGGAACUUGGAAUUGGUAUAGUCCCAUAUUGUCCUCUUGGUCGAGGGUUUUUUGCUGGCAAGAAAGUUGUGGAAAGUGUGCCUGCUAAAAGUUUUCUGGAAUCACACCCUAGAUUUCAAGGAGAGAACUUUAACAAAAACAAGAUCUUCUAUUGGCGUAUGGAAAAGUUAGCUGAAAAGCAUGGAUGCACCCCUGGACAACUUGCACUUUCAUGGAUUCUUCUUCAAGGAGACGAUGUAGUGCCAAUUCCUGGAACAACUAAGACUAAGAAUCUUGACAAUAAUAUUGGUGCACUAAGAGUUAAGCUUACAAAUGAAGAUUUAGAGGAGAUUUCUGCCGCUGUACCCAUCAACGAGGUUUCAGGGAGUAGAUUUAUAAAUGAUAAUUUUCUUCUUGCCUCCUGGAAAUUUGGUAACACACCAGCAAAAAACAGUCCUGCAGCAGCUCAAAGGAUCUAAAACUUGCAAAAAAAAAAUUGCAUGAUUGAGCUAUUCAGCGGAGGAUAUACCAAUUGAUGGUUAAAUAAAUGCAGAAACUUGCAAAUCUCACAUGCAAAGGAAACACCUAUGUGGAGAUCCAUUUCUGUUUGUAUCAAUAAAUGAUAAGGGAAAUGCUAGGUGGCUGUACAUGUUUGGUGCAAUAUGAAUUGGAUAUCAGUUUGUUGUAUUGGCAGCAAUGAUGUUACAUUAUGAGAAAAAUGUGGAGAUACAAGAGAAGUUUCAACAAGUAAUCACCGUAAUCAGAGAAGGAUAUUCACUUACAUCCAAAGAACCUGCGGAUUUUGUUCUGAUAUUUUUUGUGCAGAUCCUAAAAGUGACCUUAUAGCCUUACUUCCAAGGUGUAAUUUGUGCUACAUAUACCUCGUUAACCUUUUUCUCACAAAUUUCCUUGCUAUCGUCUGUCAAACAAUU